UUUUUGUGUAUUUUUGUUUGCCGCUAAGGCGUUGAGCGUUUAAUGAGCGACAAAAGCAAAAAACAAACCAAAUGCAGCCCUAAGCUGUAAGUGCCACGCCUAAGUGGCAGCCACACAGUGUGACCACAGAGAGACAACACUGUGCCAGAAUAUCUUAUAAGGCAUACACAAAAAUACACAAAGUGGAGCCCCACAUGGAAGUUGCCGGCACGACGCUGAUGCUGGUGGACGCGUCCACGGCCAACGAGAUGCAUAAUCAGCAUUCACAUCACUCGCACCAGCGGCACUUGCAACGACAGAGCGGCGAGUCGGGCGGCCAAACGUCCGGCGAUGCAACAAGCGGCACAGCACAAAGCCACGAAAUGUCCGUCACUGUUGUUGCCACUGGCUCCGGCUCCGGCUCCGGUUCCGGUUCUGGUUCCGCUGCCAGCUCAAAUACAGUUGUAAUCGAACCUGUUAUCGCCGGCACCUCGAACAGCUCCUCGGGCAACAGUUCGCCCGCCAAGGCGUAUCUGCAUCAUCAUCUACACCAUGGCGCCCACUCGCCACUUGCCCAUCAUCAUCAUCAUCAUCAUUCGCUGCAGCUGCACCAUACGGCGCCGCCCUCGCCACUGGCGUCAGUGCGCCACCAACAACAACAACAGCUUCAGCAACAGCAACAGCAUCAACAGCAACAACAGCUUUCGGGUGCUUCGCCCCCACCCGGCGGCUGUCUGGCAGUCUGUUGUUCAACGACCGCCGCCGCGUCCACGCAUCAUCAUAUGACCAUGGGCCAUGUGCCGCAUAUGGCGGCACAUCAUUCCCUGUAUCCGCUGAUGGCUGCCGCCCAACUGGGCUAUGUGGGCUCCAGUGGGCCCAGCUCUCUGGUCAAUUCGCCCGCGCUGGGCCGACGUAAGCGCUACACAAGCACCUCCUCGAAUUGCUCCAGCCAAUUUAACAAUAACUACGCCGGACUCGAUGUGGACUCCCUGGACGAUAUGCUGCGGAAGGUAAGCAGCUGGUUGUUUCUUUUUUUGUAUAUUUUACAUAAUAAGCAUUUAAAAAGUAACAAAUUCUCGCAAUGUAUUUUGUUCUUCUUACAAAAUAUUUUUCUUUGAUAUAAAACUCACAAGCCACUUUAACAAUUGCCUGUCAAAUUUAGCAGUCAAAAUAUUUUAUUUAAUGAAGGCUAAAGUAGAUGACAGAGCAUAACAUUAAUUUACUAGCAAACAUUCAGUUUCUUAUUCUCGGGUGACGAUCAAAGUUGCCAGCAAGAUUAACAUGCAGUUAAAUUAAUUUCAGCUUUCUGUUUGGGCGUAAGCAUUGGCAAUUAUACAUUUAAAAUUUAACAUGCCGUUUAUCUAGCUGUUAUUUAUUUGACAUGUAAGUGUUGCCACUUUGCUGUGUAUGGCCCAUGUGGCAAUACCAAAUUGUUAGCCAAAAAUGAAUUUCUUAUCAACGCGCUAAAGACUUGCUAGUAAUAUGAGUAACAGGUUCUACUUAUUUU